CCAUGUGUCUUUUCCUUUGCUAACAUACUACAGGUAUAUGUUGUUUAGGAGGAUUUCUUUGAACACUUGUUGUCCUGCCUGGAAGUGGAUAACAGUCACAGUUCUCUGCUCCAUAUUAUCUCAUUAGCACAUGUAACACAUUGAUAUCUGGUGACUUGAUGUAAAGGUUGUAUCAUUUUGAUACUUCUCAUUCUUUAACAUGUUUUUCAAUCAAAUAGGUUUUCCUACCAUACCAUUUCAAUUCAAUUUGUUUUGUAUAGCCACAAAUCCCAAAUGUGCCUCAGAGGACUUUACAAUCUGUACACAUCCUCUGUCCAAAGACCCUCACAUCGGUACCCCCUCCCCCACCCCCAAAAGGAAGAAACCCUAGGGAGAGCAACAGAGGAUGGAUCCCUCUCCCAUAGUGCAAUAUAUGUCAUGUGUACAGACAUCUAUAGAUAUUUAUUUAAUAAUAAUAUGAACUCAUCGAAAGAAGGAAUAUGUUUAUUUCAGGUUUCCACAUGGAUGUAAAGCUAUGCUUUUGGGAAAGGGAGAGAUAAACUGAAGAGUGCCAUGAACCCUGGGCCUUCAUUUAUUUAUUAAUAAAUUAAUCUAUCUAUCUAAACUCAAUGUAAGAUGUAAAUGUCGAAUGAUUGUAAGGACUGUUGGAGCUCUGAAUCACCCAUGCAGCAGACAUGUUGACAGGAGCAACACUGCCCAGCACCGGCAGGUUAACAAGUGGCUGUAUUUACCUGUGCUACGUGGCUUCCCUGGAGACUAGGGUUUGCUGCCUUCACGUGUUAUCCGACAUACGAACACUGUUUAGAGCAAAUUGGGUGAUCAUAGCCCGGGGGGGACACAGCACAGGACGUUAUUAAAUUGGGGAGUUGUCAACCUGUGUGAAGUGUUUGGCCAUGUCUGUGUCAACAGAUGAUGUUAACUUGGUAUGCACAAUGGCGAAUACAUGUUUGUGCAAAGUAUUCUGAAAUGCCAAUUUUUUCAAAUAAUUUGUGUCUAACGAGGAUAUGUGGUUUACGAGUGCAAGUCAAAGGUUGCUUUGAGUUAAUAUAUAAGACAUAUAGGAAGUUAUACAUAUGUGUGUUACAUAACAUUAUAAACCAUAACAUCAGAAAGGGGCGUUAUCUUGUCAAAGAAAAGUGGUCCCCAGUUUCCAGUAGGUCGACAUACUGAAGGAAGAAAAACGGCAAACAACAUAAGCAACACCAACAACACAACUGAAUUACUUAAACCCUCUCAGUUCUACCAUUUUUUCUCAACCAAAGCGCCUUGCAUGCGCCAUAAGUCCCACUUCGCCUUUCCCAGCUCUGAACUGGGAUGUUCCGGGAAUCACUUGAAAGCAGCAUUAGGUCUGAUCGACGUGUGUCCUGGGAGAAAACGUCACGAGUCCGAAAUCCUCCGCGGAGUCACCGACGUCGGUUGGUCGGGACAAGAAAAGAAAGUGGAAGGAACUUGUGUUUUGGGGCCAAACUGGGCCGCGUCCAUGUAGUUCGGGGAGCGCGGACGUGUCGCUGCAGGCCGGUCGGGUCCACCCCGAGGAGCGAGCAGCAGGUGCAUGCGGAUGGCGACACAACUCGGGUCAAACUCCGCUCCCUCCGCUCGGCGUGAACGUCGGCGUGUCCGCACGUGUGCGAAGAAGCGAGCGAACACAAGAAGGCCACUUUAGGGGGGAAGAGCGUAACGCGCCUCCCUGCUGGCCCCUCUCGAGGGUAACGAGAGAAGAAAAGAAGAGAAGAGGCAGCGUCGUGUCCCGGCUCUCUGUGAACAUGGAGGAAAGUUAACGCGGACCGUGAACGUUGACGCAAACUUCCCUCGAGUCGGACUUCGAGGUUUGAGAACGGUUCUAUGCUUUUGAAUUGCGAAAAGAGAAACAAACAACCCCGUGGAAUAAUUAGCUACUUGGUGAGACUCUAGCACAGAUUUCCAGGGCAAGCCGGUUCAGAAGAGGAGCCAUGGAGAAGGACAACAGGAAGACGGACCGCCGGACCCUCUCCCCGGACGGCCGGGCUCAGGACCGGGUGGACAGCGUGGACCCGUAUGGCUUCCAGCGCUCCAAGCACUUUGAUUACGAGUCACAUGAGGAGCUCAUGUCCGAGUAUCUAGUUGUGCUCACCCGACGAGCCAUCAAGUGGUCCAAGCUGCUGAAGGGCAAAAGCAAAGUGCAGAGGAAUGUAAAACUAAAGCGCUAUGUCCGUAAGGGGAUUCCCAAUGAGCACCGGGCUCUGGUCUGGAUGGCAACCAGCGGGGCUCAAGACCAGCUCGAGAAGAAACCGGGAUACUACCAGGCCCUGCUCGCAUUCCAGCACGACCCCAAACUGGUGGACACCAUCUGCACAGACUUGAACAGAACAUUUCCAGACAACGUUCAGUUCCGCAAGACAUCCAACCCGUGUAUGCAGAAAGCCCUGUACAAUGUGCUGCUGGCUUCUGGCCACCACAACCCAGCUGUGGGCUACUGCCAGGGGAUGAACUUCAUAGCCGGCUAUCUGCUUAUUGUCACCAAGGACGAAGAGAAGUCCUUCUGGCUGAUGGACGCACUCCUCCGUAGAAUCUUACCAGACUACUACACUCCAUCCAUGAUGGGGCUGAAGAUGGACCAGGAGGUGUUGGGGGAGCUGGUGAAAGUCAAGCUCCCCGGAGUCUGGCAGACCAUGAUGGAUCACGAUGUCAUGUGGACCUUGGUGGUCUCCCGGUGGUUCAUCUGUCUCUUCAUAGACGUCUUGCCAGUCGAGACAGUUCUGCGGAUUUGGGAUUGCUUGUUCUACGAGGGCUCUAAAAUCCUGUUCCGUGUCGCGCUGUCACUGAUCCAACACGACCAGGCUCUGAUUCAACAGGCCCGGUCGCUGCCGGACGUCUGCCAAAACUUCAAGCAGCUCACACAUGGACCAUUUGUUGAAGAAUGCCACACCUUCAUGCAGAAAAUCUUCAUUGAACCAGGAAGUCUCUCCAUGGCAACCUUGACGAAGCUGCGGGCGACGUGUCGAGCUCGCUUAGUUGCAGAGGAGUCCUGAACCACUCGACUACCUGCUGCUCCAACUCGCUACACAUUCCAGUGGGACGGGCGCCCGGCGGCUCGCCUGCAGCGUCUUCUCGUUUUCACCCACUAAAUGUCACAGGAACUACAACGUGCUGUUGACUUUAUGUUUGCAGACAAUCAUAUACAGCUCAAGUGUAAAUAUAUAUGCUGGAAUUAGAUUAUUCUUAGCAAUGUGCUGUAUGAGUGGGCUAUUCAAUUAACACUUGAUAUAUUUUGCACUUUACUCAGACACUGUAGAGAAAAAGGUUUGGCAGCAGACGGUCGGGUCCGAUAAAUAUUGUGCCGCCCACUGAGCACAGCCAAGAGGCCUAAUGUAUUUCAGUGAUAGGGAAAUGAAGGCGGACAAUACUGCAUGCGGUGACGUCUUGCUGUGGUAAUAAUCAAAUGUGAAUUGUAAUGAUUCCAUGACAAAAUAUAUUUUUUUCAAACAUUUCUAAAUCUGAUUCAUGUACACUAGUUGUUACGAUUGAGUAAAUGCUUUAGUUCCACUACUCAAUCAUUAAAUCAAGUGCACGAUGAUGAAUUGAAUAAAGUAUAAAUGAAAGGGC